ACAAACUAAAAAGUCCAUAGAUUAUUGCAUAAUAUACUACAAUCAUACUUAUUGUCAAAUCUAAUAGACAGUUUCUUAUUAAUAUUUUACACAGCUUAAAAAUCAAAGCAAUUACUACGAUUCCGUUUGGAAACGGUAAUUCAUUUUCUACACUUCCUUUAUGAAUUUGUAACUAAGUUCCACAAGCAAAUAUUUUUCCCACUGAACACACCGCACGGGAUAAAAUGCACAAUUUUGGUUUAGCAUUUUCGUUACUUCCUUUCGCUGACAUUCAUCAUUGUCCGUUUCGUGAACAUGCUCAUUUGCGCAAUGCUUGUCAGUGCUGUGAUUGACGUUUAGAUUUUGUGAGUUUUUCGGCUUUUAAGAAAAAAAUAAAAGAUCAGAAAGUGAAGAAGAAGACCAAAAAGAAGUUCUUUAUAUUUUUUAUACUCAUCCAAACCGCAGCGUGAUAUUAUUUAUUCUUCAUUGCGAGCGCUAAGCGUUCAAUGCAAAAGUAAGCGGUUUUAGCUGACGUGCAAACGAAAUUAAGAUCCGUGCAGGAUUUCGGCAUAUAAGCGUGCAGUUAAUUACUGAAUUGUUUGCCUGUGGAAGUGACCCUGAGUGCGAACUGUGUGGUAUAGUUGAAUACGUGCAGUGUGAAGUGCCGCCGCGUAGACGUUGAAGCAUUUAUCGGUGUUGAAACAGACAAGACAAGGUCGAACCGCUUGGUAGCGUACGAAAUUUAAUCAACCAACAAAUUGAUAUAUUUUACACCUGCGGUAAAAAGAAUAAAUUGCUCGAAAUGGAUGUGUUCCUUAUGAUUCGAAGACAUAAAACCACAAUUUUCACAGAUGCAAAAGAGAAUACAAGCGUCGCGGAACUGAAGCGGAUGAUUGAAGGCAUCUUAAAGGUGCGUCCCCAUGACCAGAAGCUAUAUAAUCAGGAUAAUGAGGUGAUGGAGGACGAGAACACCUUGCAGGAUUAUGGCAUACAGAUGUCAACGGCAAAGGCGCAAGCUCCGGCACAGUUAGGACUAGCAUUAAGAGACGAACAUGGCGAAUUCGAGCCUCUCGAAAUAACGCCAUAUUCAUCACCACCAGAUCUACCUGAAGUUAUGAAGAAUCAAGAGGCAGCUAACGGUCAAGAGCAAGUUGCAUAAAAUAACUCAGAAUAUGGAGAUAUCUACUACAACAACAACAGCAACAAUAAAAACGAUGUGGUAAACAACAGACCGGUCUUAAUUGAUACUACAUACAUACAUAACGGCACGCAGGAAAUGCUUAUUUUAAACAACAACAAUUAAAAUUAUAAACAAAAUCUUCUAAUAUUCAACUUCAGCAUUAAGUAAAUAAUUUUGUUAAAUGCUUUCUUAAAAAAAACAAGCACCUUGUUUUUGUUAAAUGCUAUCAUGUUAAAUAAUUUGAAGAGAUGUUACUAUGAAGCAAGACAACAAAACUUCCCAAACUUUAAUUAUUGCAAUUUUUUCGGAACUUAUUAUUUUCUUCUAAAUGCAAACAAUUUGGGUCAAGGUAUAUUUAAUUAUUUAAUUUAAAUUCUUUAUUGAAAAUAUGCAAAUGAAUAUAUAAUUUAAAAUUAUGAUUUUACCGUUGAUAGCGUAUAUUUGUGUCAAAAAAAUUUAAAAAAUUGUUUACGUUAUGAAAAAAAUUUGAUCAUUGUUUCCUUUACUUACAUAAUUUAUAAAUUAUUCAAAGUUAAAAAAAUAAGUUCAACCUUAACAUAUUCUUAAAAAAAAAAACAAAACUUCAUAUAAUGCUACUAGUAAACGGCUCAAAUUCGCGUGAAAUAAAAAUUUAACUGAGAGGCAACUACGGA